UGUCUGGCAGCGUGGAGAUUACGGGAUGCUCAGAGGCCCCGGAGGCGAGUAGCUCAGUGGGAGACGGCCGUGGUUCCGUCGUGGGUUGUUUUGAGCCGCUCUCAGGAUGCUGCGGCGGAAGCCGACGCGUCUUGAGCUGAAGUUGGAUGACAUCGACGAAUUCGAGGGCGCCAGGAAGGAGCUCGAGAGUCGUAAAAAGCAGCGUGAAGAGGUGGAUGUGGUGGGAGCCAGCGAUGGUGAGGGAGCUCUGGGACUGAGUAACGACCACAAGAACCGGGAACAGAUGAUCCAUGACCGCAUUGGUUACAAACCACAACCCAAACCAAAUAAUCGUUCUGCUCAGUUUGGAAAUUUUGAAUUUUAGAAAAUGGGAACUUUGUGCAAAGUAGGAAUCCAUCCGUGGUUAUGAAAGGCUGAUUUGGCUUGUCGUCUCUGGGAUUUGUCCAACCAGGGGGAAGCCUUUUUCUUAUGUGAAACUAAGACUGGAUUCUCUUUAUUUGAAGCUAUCUUGCAACCUUAAUUACUGUGUUUUAAAUAAAUGUGUGCUUUUUAAGUGGUGGUAUACUGGUAACAGAAGUAGAAUGGAAAGCCUUUUUGCACUGAGUUGGGGGUGGUAGCAUUAUGGGCUCUGCCAAAGUGAGGGGUUGUGGCUUAGUGGUAGAGCACAUGCUUUGCAUACAGAAGGUUACUGAGUCAGUCCCCAUUUAAAAUGUAUCUCUGCUAUGAGGGAUGCUCAAGAAAUAUUAGCAGUUAUAAACAAUAAUGGGCUAGAUCAUUGGUACUGAAGAGCCACAUUGGCAGUUCCCAUCAACCGAGAGAGCCACAUGACUGCUGU